AUGGAUGAUGAUAACGAUUCAUCCAUUGAAAAUCUUGAUAAGCAAAUACUUAAACGAUAUGAAAUCAUCAAGAAGGUCGGGAAAGGUGCAUAUGGUAUUGUUUGGCGUGCACAAGAUCGAGUAACAGGACAAUUAGUUGCUUUGAAAAAAGUAUUUGGUGCAUUUCAAAACGUAAUUGAUGCACAACGUACGUAUCGUGAAAUUACACUUUUGAGACAACUGAAAUCACAUCCUUUCAUUGUUGGCCUUUUACAAGUUCACAGAGCAGAAAAUGAUAAUGAUAUCUAUCUUGCUUUCGAGUUUAUGGAUACAGAUGUACAUACGGUUAUUCAUGCAGGCAUUUUGCUGGAUGUUCAUCAAAGAUAUAUAUUUUGGCAACUUCUUUGUGCAUUAAAAUUCAUUCAUUCAGCUGGUGUUAUACAUCGAGAUCUUAAACCAUCCAAUAUGCUAAUAAAAUCAGAUUCAUCAAUCAAAGUUUGUGAUUUUGGUUUGUCAAGGUGCAUAAAUGACAUGCAUCAAGACGAAUUAUUAACAGAUUACAUUGCAACUCGCUGGUAUAGAGCCCCUGAAAUUAUUUUCGGAUCAUCAAAAUACGGACCUGGUAUUGAUAUGUGGGCGGCUGGCUGCAUCCUUGCAGAACUAGUAAGUGGAAGACCACUAUUCCCAGGAGCUUCCACAAUGGAUCAACUAGAAAGAGUUAUUUCAUUCACAGGAAUGCCAAACAAAGAAGACAUUGAAUCAAUGCAAUGUCCGAUGGUUGAGACAAUGCUUGGAAACUUAACAUUCUCCAGACCCCAAUUAGUAUUAGAAGAAAGACUUUCUGGAGCCGAUCCAGAUGCAAUCGAUUUAAUUAAGAAACUUUGUCAAUUUAAUCCGAACAAAAGACCUACUGCUGAGCAAUGUCUUGCUCAUCCAUACUUAAAAGCCUUCCAUUUCGAAAGUAGAGAAGUAUCUUCAAGCGUUCAAGUCAAAAUGGCCCUCAGCGAUGCAACAAAACAUACGAUAAGGGAAUAUAGAAAUCAGAUUUAUAAGGAGGCUGUUUCAAAUCCAGACAGAGGCCUAAAGAAGAAGAAAUCAGAUUCAUAA